GAUUGUGUUGCGUACUACUAUGCUCCUGUGUCUACCAACAUUGCAUCGUUCCCACAAAUAUGGCAGCCCGCGUCAAUCCUUCCCAACGACACCAACGCUAUGAAUAAAUGGGCAGCUAUCUCCCCCAAUGUCCCGACUAAUAUACAGCCAAAGGUUGUUUCCUUUGGCACCAUUACUGGCAAUUUCACAAAUGUCACAUACGACGCGACUGAUACUGAUUGUUGGUGGACGUACCACCAGUGCGUUACGCCCAAAUUGGCAGGGCUUCCGAUGGAUAUUUCUAGUGUUCCAGAACCCAAGACCCUCGGAUAUGGAUUUGACGAUGGACCAAAUUGUUCACAUAACGCGCUUUAUGAUUAUUUGACAUCGCAGCAACAAAAAGCCACGAUGUUUUAUGUUGGCAGUAACGUUUUGGACUGGCCUCUCGAAGCGCAGAGGGCAAUUACCGAUGGCCAUGAAGUUUGCGUCCAUACCUGGUCACAUCGCUACAUGACGGCUUUGAGCAGCCCCGAUGCAUUCGCGGAGUUGUACUACACUAUGCAAGCAAUAAAACUUGUCACCGGAGUUACGCCCACUUGCUGGAGGCCCCCGUAUGGUGAUGUCGACGAUCGCAUUCGCUCCAUCGCCAAUGGUCUUGGCCUUCGUACUAUUAUAUGGAAGUAUGAUUCGUUCGAUUGGAAGGAGGGUAUGCCAGGCGUCACUGAGGCCACGGUGGAUCAGAAUUACCAAGGUUUGAUCGAUGGUGCAAAUAGCGGAACGUUUGAUUCUGUCGGCGCCAUUAUGCUCACGCAUGAGUUGAACAAUUAUACCAUGUCCGAGGCGAUUAAGUGGUACCCAUCCCUCAGGGCUGCCUUCACGGUCAAAUUUUUUGUCGUCCCAGUUGGAGUGGCACUUAACAAAACUCAACCGUACGUCGAGAGCACGCCCACUCAGCCGUCGUUUUCACAAUGUCGGUUCUUAACCUCUCUAAUUCCUGCGAAACUUUAUAAAAUGCAUUUUUUUUAA